AUGCGAGUUAAAGCGUUUGUUGAGCUUCUAUGGCAACUUUCUUUGCAUGCUUUACGAGAAGUUCAUCGAAGGACAUUUACUGCAGACAUAUCUUCUAACCCGUUGCCUGCGCCAUUGACUGAUGUAGCCUUCUCACAUGCAGCUACUCUACUUCCAGUUACAAAGGCAAGAAUAGCCCUUGAAAGAAGAAAGUUUCUUAAAAAUGCAGAGAUGGCUGUACAACGACAAGCUAUGUGGUCAAACUUGGCUCAUGAAAUGACAGCUGAAUUCCGUGGCUUAUGUGCUGAAGAGGCAUAUUUGCAACAAGAAUUAGAAAAACUGCAUGACUUGAGGAAUAAAGUGAAGUUGGAAGGAGAGCUUUGGGAUGAUCUCGUCUCCAGUUCGAGUCAGAAUUCCCAUUUAGUUUCAAAGGCCACCCGACUAUGGGAGUCUUUAUUAGCCCGUAAAAGAGUAGCUUAUGAUGAUAGAGUUUUUGAUACAGGUCAACAUGAAGUUCUUGCAUCUGGGCCUAUAGAGGACUUGAUAGCUCAUCGAGAACAUCGGUAUCGGAUUUCUGGAUCAUCUUUGCUUGCAGCAAUGGACCAAAGUUCUCAAGCUCCUUAUUCAGAUGUAUUAUCUGGUCAGCCUGGGGAUUUGCCUGUGAUUGAUGACAAAGAAGAGAAUGAUGGAUCACAUUUUAGCAAUGAGACAUUAACAAGAGUGGAUGACAGAACCGGUGGAAGAGUCCACCAAAUUGUUGAUGUAGCAGAGGUUAUACGGCGAUGGACCCAUGCCUUGCAGCGGAUCCACAAACAAUCACUUCAUUUGCCAAAGGUGAGCCCUAUAACUGGGUCUAUUUUGGAUAUGAGGCAGUCUGCUUUGAGGCAGGGAAUCAGGGUUCCCUUUGCUGCUUUGAUGUCAAACCUUAAAAAGGGGGCAAAAGCAAAUGAUGGAGAGGGUCCAGAUAUAUUGCGCAGUGGACAGGAAGAGGGUUCAAGUGGCCAUGCUGAGUCUUUGGCAGCAACCCUUGCAGAGCAUCAGCAACAUUUAGCUAGCUUCCAGGUGCUUAUUAACCAACUUAAGGACGUUGCUCCAACCAUACAGAAGUCCAUAUCAGAGUGUACAGAAAAGGACAAUAAUACUGAUGAUGUUAAUGAGGUGACUUCAAGAUUAUCUAACAUUCAGCUUGACAAGGUUUCUGUUAGUCCUCCCGCUUUGAAGCUUCCUCAAUUGUUUAGCUUGACCCCAUCUUCUGGAAAAGCUGGAAAUGUCCAAAGGCGGCAGAGUAAUGCUCCUCAAACCAGCCAAACAGAGAACCUAUCUGACAGCAAAUUGCUGGAUCCUCCUUCAAAUAAUGAAGUAGUGAGUUCAGCUGAAGAUAGUGACAGUUCGUAUAUCCAGAAUUUGAAGAGGUCAGUAAGAGAAGCAGCACUGUCAUUGCGGUCAUGUAACUCAGAUUCGUCAAGGGAUAGUCAAUCUGAUGGAAGUUCUGAGCACUUCUUUGUCCCUCUUUCAGAAACCGGCUUUUCUCAUUUAGAUGCAGAAAAAAGGGGAGCUUCAUUGAGGAGAAAAAGAUUAUUUGGAUCACAAAUGGAUGACUCCUUGCUUGAGAGUCAUGCAUCCGGUGGGCAUGGGGUGAGCAAGUUUGAUGAACUUCCAGAUAUGUUGAAUGAUUUGGAAAGGCUUUCUGAUUAUGACAAUGUAAAUGGGUUUCUGUCCUAUGCUGGUUCAAAUUCAACAUCUGAUGCUCAACGGUCAAUUUUUGACUUUGAGGAUGCACAGGAUCAAGUCUUCUCACCGCCUCUGUUAAUGGAUUCAUCACUUUUGACAGAUUCAUUUGAAGACUUGCUGGAUACAGUACAGAACAGGAAGUGA